UAGGUUUUAGGCUCUCUCUCUCUCUCUUUCUCUCUCUUCUGUGUGUGUGAUCAUCUUCUAAUUCUGCAUUCUUCGUCAUCUACUUGCUGCCUUUGCCAUCAUGAUUCCUAUUGUCAUCAUUGCUCCAAAAGCCUCUCUCUCUCCUCUCUCUCUCUCUCUCUCUCCUCUUUUUGUUCCAUUUCCUCUUCUAUUUAUACUCUUAAUCCCUUCUCCGCCAUUUUCAACCAAUUCUCUCUCUCAGAGCUCUACAAAUUGAAAUUCUAGCCGGAAAUGUGCGAUUCCUCUCGAUUGCUGUUCGUUUCGUCCACUCGUUCGUCUCUAGGUUGCCGACAUCGUCACCGGCGGCAUCCGCUUCGAGUUCACAGGCUUAUUAGGAGGAUGAGAUUGGUGAAGGAAGAGGCGGAGGACGACGGCGUCGAGGUGGAGAUGGAGAUCAAGAAUUUGAAACUGUUCAUGGAGAAUCAGAGCAUUAUCGAGGAGAACGAGCGGCUGAGAAAGAGAGCUUUUCUUCUUCACAAAGAGAAUCAGGUUUUGUUAUCUCAAAUCCAGAGUUUCUCCAAUCAAAAACCGCAACCUCCGAUUUGAGCGCCUGGCCGGACAAUUGAAUCAUCUGUAAGGAUCACGACUAGAUCAGGAUCUCUCAAAACCUUCGAUAACUUUCUUGCUAUCAAUUGGCAAUUUCUUUUUUGAUAUUCCUCUGAUUCCUUGGUUUGUAAUCUGUUACCUUGACAAUAAAAUAGGGGUUUGGUUUAGAGGGGAGGGGAAUAAGGGUGAGUUCGGUUAUUAGGGCUUGGGAUAGAUUUUUAGAAUAAUAUAGUCAAGUCAUGUUAUGAAAUAGAAAUAUCAUGAAAAGUGUUAUUGUAAUAGAACUCUGUUCUUGUUCUCCCAUA